UCCCUCCAUGACCUCCAACAUGGUUGUGAUAAAUGUCGUCGAGUCCUGUUUGCCGCCGGAAAAUUGCACUAACGACCGACGCUUGACCCGGCCGCGAAAAACGUCUCCACUAGGCACUCUUCGAAAACAACCCUGUUACCCGUGCUGUAUUUAAAGCCAAGUUGUAUCGCACUUUCUUAGAAACAAUUGUCAGUCAGACUUGUCCCAAAUUCUUGCUUUACUAUAAUGCCAUCUACAUGUAAUGCCGACAGGGUGCGAGGGAAGAAAGUGCAUGCGGGCCCAAUAACUGCAACGGAGAAAAAGGCUAAAAGCCGAGAAUACACGACUGUCUACCAAACGCAAGAAAUAGACGUUAGUCCGUUCGUUGCACCUUCAACCGCAAAAGCGCGUAACAAGAUAUGGGGCGAAUGGCUUCAACAUUGCGAGGAUGCUAGCACCGAAAGCGUGUCGGCGUGGACGAUGUUUCUCAGAAAUUCCCAGUCAUCUGAAGGCCAGGCACCUUUCAGAGCCUUUUUGCGCACUUACGUCGAAUCCUCCGUCAAAAAAACUUUGGUCCUUGGACCAGAAGAGUUCGUCUACGUAAGAACGGUUGACAUGGCAUUCACCGUGCAGGAGGUGUGGCGCCGUCUUGUUGCCGCUGCAGAAAAUCAUGUUAUGAGUGCAUUGAGGCAACAAUAUCCAUCUGAAGCUAGUACCUGGCGCCUCAGGUGGAUGAGCAAAGAAGAAGGCAAAAAGGAAGGGCCGGCCUUCCGAAUUGUACAGUGGAUAUUUCAAGAGCUUGCUCCAGAAAUUGGUCUCUGCACAGAUCCCUCUUAUCGAAAGAUUGAGAUGACAAGCACCGACGUCGAUGUCAUUCUUACCACUCUAUGGUCUGAAAGCCACAAUAUACCGUGCGAUCCCGAUACAAGAGUUGAUUUCCAUGCAUUUAUCCUCUUCGCAGCCAUUGGCGGGUUUAGACGUGGUACGAUUUUGAAAGUCAAGUACAAUCAAUUUCGGGUAGCAGUUGUCCGUGAUCCCGAGGAUCGGUCUCGGCGUAAGAUUGUCGUGACGAUUACCAUUAAGCGAAACAAGAUCAAAGAGACAGCUAAGACGACACGCUUACGCAACGGUGGCUACAUUGGAUUUUCUAUCACCCUUGUCCCAUACCGUGUAUUCUGCCUUGCUAGCCUGAUCAUUACAAGAGCAAUCCAGCGAAAUGCCUUUGAGGCAGAGUUCAAAACCAUCGACGAGAUCUUCGAUCAACCUGAUUUGGAAGAGUCAGACUUCGUCCCCCUCAAGUGGAAGCCUGACUUUGCACCCAAAACAGCAUUUUCUAUUUCCUCUAGUACGGCCGAUACACUAUGGUAUCUUGUGCUCCUAGUGGCAGGCCUUCGAGAGGCUGCACGGCUUUACAGUCUUCGAGUAGGUGCUGGAGCGCGAAUGGAUGGGGUAAUUUCCGAUGCACUACGCAACUACGUAAUGUCGCAUAGUACUGGCGUUUUCGAAUCAAGCUACCAAGGCCACGACGUCCGGAAAAGCUUAAUGGAAUUGGCAUUCGGUACUCGUGCGGGUAAAGAGGAACUAUUGUUUGAAAGGCUGCGUGAUACGUCCUUAAGUAGGGACCCAAAUGCGCCAAUUCGGAUUUCUCCGGAAGACGAACAGCGAUUCGAGAGUCGUAAUGACAUCCGCCAACUUCGCAGCGCCAUAGCAACGACUCAUGAUCGAGGUGAGAAAAACAAGCUCCGUGCUAGUCUCCAAUCGAAUCUUACAACGCUACGGAGACUACGACUGGAGGAGAUCAGGGCCGAGUACUUCAAGCACGUAGACUUCAUGCGAGCGAAGGGACUGUCAACUGCCAUGUACGGUCUGUCCAGCCGAAACAGCGGGGUCCUCAAAACACCAAUCGCCGUGAUGGUCACAUCCCUUCUCAAACCAUCAGCUAAUGAAUCUGUUGCUGAUCGGGACUUGAUGACGAGGCGGUAUAUGAAAGCCGUGCUGGGAUUCCUAACCGACUCAACUACCAAUAACGAGAAACUUCUCAUCAGUACUGUGCCGAGUCCAAAAGUAAUUGAUGGUAAGAUUAAUGAGAAGUCUCGUUGUCUAUUAUGCAAGAAGACAUUCUGCGACCGGAGUGCGCUUACAAGGCAUUACAAUGGACACAUCGCCCUGUUCGAUCAACCAUUCCCAUGUCCGGAAUGCGAUUCUUACUCAACUACAGCGAUCGAUUCGCUCGGUAGAGCAGAAUGGAGUAACCAUGUUGAGCGAACUCACGGCCGACGUAACGCACCCAAUUGGUCUCAGUCAAAGAAUUCAGAGAGUUUCGGUUGCUUGAUCUGUUCCUCGACUCAUACAUCAUUUACAGCACUCAUCGGCCACAUCAAUCGACACAACGGAUCUAGUCAGCAAACCUGGCCAAUGAGCUGUGCCGAAUGCGUCCGGAUGGGUAAACCAGAGGUCAAGCUCGGAAGUUUAUGGUCGCUACUUGAACAUUUACAAGUUAUCCACAUACCUUCCGCUAAGUUUUGUGGCUUAUGCGGGCAUAUUUGCUCUACUUCGAGCGGCUUGACCAGACAUUUCACCUUGAAGCAUAAGAAAGAUUUCGAGACACCCCUCUCAUGUCCUGCAUGCAACGAUGCGGGAGAGAAGCCAAUGGAGAUUGAUGGUUUUGCUGCCUGGCAAUCACAUGUGUCAUGUGAUCACUCGAGCUGGAACUUAUACUCCACCAGUCCUAAAGUUGUCGAAUCUUUUGAGAUGUACAAGGAUGGUUCCCUAUCCACAACUAAAUCUCUGGCUUUGUGUUGAUGAUGUUGGUCUGAUGAUUUUGAGCUUAGAUAAGGCGAUGAGAUGAUGAGAUGAUGUUGUUGAUGAUGUUCUGAUGAAAUUUUGCUCUAAGAGA